AUUUAAAAAAAUUUUGAUAAACAAUUUUUUUUGUAAUGAUCACUAAUUCAAGUAAUCAAAUGAUAACUAAUCAUUCUAUGAUAACAAAUAGAACAUCUAAUUUAAAAAGUGUCAUUGUAGGAGCAUCAUUUACAAUCAGUAGUCAUGAUUUAUAUAAAAUAAAAAAUAAUGAACAUUAUAAUGAUAUACAUAAAAUUAUAUAUGAUCAAUAUUUUAAAGAUUAUAAUCAACACCAACAUCAUCAUCAUCAUCAUCAUCAUCAACAUCAUAAACAUAAAUCUCAUCAUUAUGAUCAAGAUCAUGAUCGUGAUCAUCAAGAUCAUGAUCAACAGGAUCAUGAUCAAAAUUAUAAAGAUACUAAUGAUAAAACAAUUUCAUCUUCUUGGAUAUAUAAUCAAUUAAAACAAUAUUUAACAUGUAUUUAUCAUAAACAAAUAAAUUGUGAAGAUCAAUUUGUUACAAAAUUACAAUUGGAAUUAUUAAAAAUUCAAAAAAAGAAAGAAAAAUAUGAAAAUAUAAAAAUACAACAACAACAACAACAACAAAAACAACAAACACCAAUAUUAACAGUGAAAUUAGAUACUAAAAAACAACCUUACACAAAACGUAUUCAUGAAAAAGAACAAAAAGAAACAAGACAUGAUUCAUCUAUUAUAUAUCAAUUAAAUAAUAGAAAAGAAAUUGAAAAAUCUGAAGAAUUUACAACACAUGAAUUUUAUCAAAGUUUAAAUAAAGAUAAACAUUUAAAUUAUUAUUAUCAUGAACAUCAUCGACAUCGAGAUCAUCGGGAUCAUCAUCCUUAUCCUAUUCUUGAUCAUCAUCGUCAUAAAGAUCAUCAUCGUUCAUCAUCACAUUAUGAAUAUGGAUGGUUUGAUAAAAUGGAUAAUAUGAUGAAAAAAUUAGAAGAUGAUAAACAUGAUGACGAUGAUGAUGAUGAUGAUAAUGAUGAUGAUGGUCGUAAAGGAAAAGAUAAACAUUCACACCAUCCUCCAACCUAUCGAAAGCAUUUACAUAAAUAUUAAGUUAUUUACAAUGUCUCACAAUCAUUAUCAUCAUCAUCGUCGUCGUCAUAAUUACUCAAAAGAACAUCAUUAAUGUUAUCACCAAUUCUCUGAUAAAAAUUCUCUGACAGUGACGUAUUUUCUGUUGUUGAAAUCUUGAUAUAUGGUAAGUAUAAACCUUUUUAAGAAAAACUACCAUUCUUAAUGUUCGUAAUGAAAACAAUCAUAGAAAUAAAUAUACCAGG